GAUACAGCCGACAUUACUAUUGCCAUUGGUGACUCGUUGAACGCGCGGGUUGGACAUAGGGAAAUGUUCGUGUAGAAAAGAACUUUAUUCAAUAGAGUUCGUUUAGAAUUAGAAAUAUGGCAUCGGAACUCGAGUUAAACGAUACUCGGGUGGAGUUUAUCGCCGACUAUGUCAUCAAAACGCUCAAAAUCAAGCCGGACAAAUGGUCCAAAAUGUACAGUGUUGAGGACACAAGACAAAUGUUUAUGGACUUCUUUGAAAAGCAAGAUGUACCAUGUCUUAUCGUAACUGCAACUGCAGCAGGUGGACUAAAUACUCAAUUUGAAUGGCCCAACAAUCCGAAGGCUAAAGCUUGCUAUUUUGUCAAAAAAGGGAGAGAUGCUAUUCAGAAGGAAACCAACUUUAGAAAUGCUUACCUGUAUGGUGAUAUGUCCUAUCAACCGUUGGACCAACUGUCUGCAUUUGUUGAUGAGGUCUUGGUGCCACUUCUGUCCAAUGAUAGAAAUCACGAGCAGUGGCCUCAUGUUGUCUCCAAGGAUGUCACAAGACACGUCCAUAACUUGAAGAGCAAUGUGUACGUGGUGUGUGGUCAGGCAAAAGGCAAGACCCUCCUCCCCCUCCCCGUUGGGGCAGAGAAAGUGGAACAGGUGGAAGAUGACAAAGACUCACUUGACAGAGCCCUGAUUCACGCCAUUGAGUCUGUGAUCAUUGACUGGACCCACCAAAUCAGGGAUGUCCUGAAGAAAGACUCUGCUCAACCCCUACUAGAGGGACACAACCCCACCCCCUUUGUAGAAAUCGAGUUCUGGAAGAACAAAGCAACCAACUUGGAAUGCAUUUAUGACCAGCUAAGAGAUCCAAAGGUCAGGAAGAUGGCAGAAAUUCUUGAGAGAACACAGAGCAGCUAUUUCCCUACAUUCAAGGACAUCUUCAGAGAUGUGGUUGCAGCUUUAACUGAAGCUCAAGACAUCAACAUUUACCUUAAGCCCCUGCGUCACCACUUUGAGGAUUUUGAGCAGGCAGAGUUUGAUGAGAGCAUUCCUUUACUUGCUCCAAUGAUGCACACCACCUGUCUGACCUGGGCUAACUCAGAAUAUUACAACACACCUGCACGCAUUAUUGUACUUCUGCAGGAAAUGUGCAACAUGAUCAUCAAUAUGGCAAGAAACUUCCUUGAUCCAUCUGAGAUUUUCAAAGGAGAAAUUGAAGAGACCAUUGAGAAAGUCAGGAAAGCUUGUAAUGUUCUAGAUGCCUACAGGAACACGUACGAAGACCACAAAGAAAGACUGAAGAGCUACUUCCCAGAGGGAACUGAACCCCGGCUCUGGGAAUUCGCCCCCAAGCUGGUGUUUGCUCGCUAUGACAAGUUUGUGGAGAGAGUUAAGACAGUCAGGGAACUGAUGGAGACAGCUUUGGAGUUCAUGAAGCUGGAGAAAGUGGAGCUCGGUGGCAUCAAGGGAAAACUGCUGAGUCAGCAGGUGGUUCAGCUGCACGAAGAGUUCCAGGAACAGUAUGGAGUGUUCACCAACAAAACCUACGACUGUCUGGACCCAGGCAGCAAUGAGUUUUUAGAUGACUACCAGGCUUUCUUGGACAAGAUUAGUGAUUUUGACAGAAGAUUGGCCACCAUUAUCUGCCAAGGAUUUGAUGAUUGUUCAGGCUUGGAAUCAGUAUUCAAGCUUUUGGACAUUAUGGGUUCCUUGCUUGAAAGAGAACUGAUUAAGAAAGACUUUGAUGAAAAAUAUCCACUCAUUGUGAAAAUGAUAGACAAAGAAUUAGAUACAGCUAAAAGUAUUUAUGAUGAACAAAUGGCAGCUAAAAAAGAAGGUGGAAAGGCAGUUCUUCAUAAGAACAUGCCAAAAGUGUCUGGCAGCUUGAGAUGGGCACAAGAACUCAGGGAAAGAAUUACAGCCCCAAUGGGCAACUUCAAAGCAUUAGAUCACAGAUGUAUGGAAGAGGAAGGUGCCAAAUUAGUUUUCACCAAAUAUGAAGAAAUGUGUAAUCUUCUAAGUCAGUGGGAUGAAGAGAUUUACAAAGAGUGGGCAGCUGGAGUGAGCGAGGCCUGCUCGUUCAACCUGAGUCAACCUCUGGUGGUGAGAGACGAGGAAACCAAACUCAUCAAUGUGAACUUUGACCCACAAUUAACAGCAGUCUUACGGGAAGUGAAGUACCUAGAGUCCAGUAGUCAGGAAGACAUUCCCGCGAGUGCCGCAGAGAUGUACAAGAGUAAUGACACCCUAUGGAAGUACCUGACUAACCUUGACCUCUCUGUUCACCUGUACAACAAGGUCAGAAACACCAUCCUGGAGGUCGAGUUCCCCCUUAUUGAAGGACAGUUACAGGACAUUGAUGUCCAGUUGGAGCAGGCUGAGAAAUCUCUGAACUGGGAGAGUCAGGGAGUGUGGGAAUACAUCGAGAAGACCAGGGACCAAAUUACCGACCUUGAGAAGCGAGUUCAACAGGCCAAGGACAAUGUGGAGGAAGUCAAGACACUAAUGGCAACCUGGAGUAAGCAGCCUUUGUUCGAGAGGAAAGAGGACAAAUACGACACACUGCUGAACCUCGACGACAGGAAGGAGAGACUGAACAAACGUUACGAAGAAAUCAAGAACAUUGGAGAAAAGAUCCAUGGUCUUCUACAGAAAAAUUUAGAGUUAUUCAAAGCAGAUGGAAAUGCAGACACAUGGAAGGCAUAUGUGGAUUAUGUGGAUGAAAUGAUUGUAGAUGGAUUCUUCAACACAAUUCAUUGCAGUCUUAAAUUCUUGUUAGAUCAAACAGACAAUAAGAACAACCCUAACCCCCUGUUUGAGGCCCAUCUUGAGCUUCAAGUGCCAGAAAUGGUGUUCCUACCUUCUCUGGACUACGGUGUAGCGGAUGGGUUCUAUGAUUUGGUGGAUGGUCUGGUUGGGGAUGUUUACAAACAAGCUUCUCUGAUUCGAAGACUGGCCGCUCACAGUGGACAGGAGCACUAUCAGCCUGAUCUGGAAGAUAUGGAAGAGCUGUCUGAAAUGAGGCAAGAGCUGAUGGACAGGAUACAGAACAUCAUGAACAAGGCCUGUGAGUAUAGGAACACCUUUGACAAUUACUCCUACCUGUGGGUGGAUGAUAGGAAUGAGUUCAUGCGGCAGUUCCUGUUGUACAACCACGUCCUCACCACUGAGGAGAUCGAGGCUCACGCUGAGGACGGAGUACCAGAAUGUCCUCCUACCCUGAACCAGUUCAAGGAACAGAUCAACACCUAUGAAAAAAUCUAUGACGAGGCAGAGAAAAUCGAGCCCCUCACCAUCUUUGAGCACUGGUUUAGAGUGAACUCCAAGCCGUUCAAGCAGGCCCUUCUGAACACCAUCAAGCGUUGGAGCUUCAUGUUCAAGCAGCAUCUAAUUGACCAUGUGACCAACAGUUUGAAGGAGCUGGCUGAGUUCAUUAAGACCACGGAUUCUGGUCUGAUGAAGCCAGUGGAGGAGGGUGACUACAAUGGAUUAGUCGAUUGUAUGGGUUACCUAUUUGCUGUCAAAGACAGACAGGCCACCACUGAUGAAAUGUUUGAGCCACUCAAGCAGACCAUUGAGCUGCUCAAAACAUAUGAACAGGAGCUACCUGAGGAGGUCCAUCAACAACUGCAGGAAUUACCAGAGCAGUGGAACAACACAAAGAAAAUUGCCAUCACUGUUAAGCAACAAGUUGCUCCUUUACAAGCAACUGAGGUUGCUAACAUCAGAAGGAAGACAGCCACCUUUGAUGUGUCACAGCACAAGUUCAGAGAAAAGUUCCGCUCCAUUCCUCCAUUCAGAUUUGACUGUGAUAAACCAUAUGCACAUCUUGAUAAGUACCAUGAGGAAAUUUCAGCCAUGGAGAAAGAGAUGGUAGAACUGAUGGACUCGGCAGGUCUCUUUGAGGUCAACAUCCCUGACUUUAAGCAGCUCAAACAGUGUAGGAAGGAAAUCAAACUUCUUAAGACUUUGUGGGAUUACAUCAUUAUGGUACAGAGCAGCAUCGAUGACUGGAAGACCACCUUCUGGAAGGAGAUCAAUGUGGAGCAGAUGGACAUGGACUGUAAGAAGUUUGCUAAGGACAUCCGUGCCCUGGACAAGGAGAUGAGAGCCUGGGACUCCUACUUGGGACUGGAGAACACAGUCAAGAACAUGUUGACCUCCCUCAGGGCCGUCAGUGAGCUCCAGAACCCCGCCAUCAGGGACCGCCAUUGGCAGCAACUCAUGGUGGCCACCAAGGUGCGCUUUGUCAUGGACGACAGCACCACUUUGGCUGAUCUGUUGUCGCUUAACCUCCAUAACUUUGAGGACGAUGUCCGUGGAAUCGUGGACAAAGCCGUCAAGGAAAUGAGCAUGGAGAAGGUGCUGAAGGAGUUGGAUGCCACCUGGACCACCAUGGAGUUUGAACACGAGCCUCAUCCCAGAACGAAGAUCACCAUGCUGAAGACAAGUGAAGAGUUGAUUGAAACUCUAGAAGACAACCAGGUUCAACUGCAAAACAUGCUGUCUUCCAAAUACAUUGCCCACUUCUUGCAAGAGGUGUCCCAAUGGCAGAAGAAGCUGUCCACGGCUGACCAGGUCAUCUCCAUCUGGAUGGAAGUACAGAGAACAUGGUCUCACUUGGAGAGUAUCUUCAUCGGAUCAGAGGACAUCAGAAACCAGCUGCCUGAAGACUCCAAGAGAUUUGAUGGCAUAGACACUGAUUUUAAGGAACUGGUGACAGAGAUUGAGAAGUACAAGAAUGUGGUGGAAGCCACAAACCAGCCCAACCUUUAUGAACGUCUUGAGGGUCUGCAAGGGCAGUUAACUCUGUGCGAGAAGGCUUUGGCUGAAUAUCUGGAGACCAAACGUCUGGCCUUCCCCAGAUUCUACUUUGUGUCAUCCGCAGAUUUGUUGGAUAUCUUGUCCAAUGGCAACAAUCCAACAGCUGUUUCCCGUCACUUGACCAAACUGUUUGACAGCAUGGCUAAGCUGAAGUUCAAUGAAGACGACAAGGGUAAUGACACCAAG